AUGCCAGGCGAUAUAAACCUCUACACAACCGGUGUGAUAGGCAUCCAAAAUGUCGUUUUGGCGUAUAUUCUGUAUAUUGGGAAGUUCACUUUGGUGUUCGGGAUUUGUGACGGCAUACCUUCUGGUCCGAAGCAUAAGAAGGAGAUUUACGUGGGCGACGUCAUCGCCAGUGAGUUGCUAAUGGAAUAUGACCUCCGAAGGCAAUUUGAACCGGAACCCCUUGAGGGCGAGCGUGGUACGGGGCAGAGCAUCGUCGUGAGCGACUUCAGGAGGAGAUAA